AUGGCUCCUGGCUUCCUGAGGGAGUUCUGCCAGGAGUCACAUCUAGUCCAACAUCUUCCGCCUGUUAUCAUAAAACUGGAUAAUUCCAAGUCUGGCAUUACUACCCCGCCAGCCUCCGGACCUGGCACAGAGAACCACCCCGCCAUAACCCCCGGACCUGGCACAGAGAACCACCCCGCCAUAACCCCCGGACCUGGCACAGAGAACCACCCCGCCAUAACCCCCGGACCUGACACAGAGAACCACCCCGCCAUAACCCCCGGACCUGACACAGAGAACCACCCCGCCAUAACCCCCGGACCUGGCACAGAGAACCACCCCGCCAUAACCCCCGGACCUGACACAGAGAACCACCCCGCCAUAACCCCCGGGCCUGACACAGAGAACCACCCCGCCAUAACCCCCGGACCUGACACAGAGAACCACCCCGCCAUAACCCCCGGACCUGACACAGAGAACCACCCCGCCAUAACCCCCGGACCUGACACAGAGAACCACCCCGCCAUAACCCCCGGACCUGACACAGAGAACCACCCCGCCAUAACCCCCGGACCUGACACAGAGAACCACCCCGCCAUAACCCCCAGACCUGACACAGAGAACCACCCCACCAUAACCCCCGGACCUGACACAGAGAACCACCCCGCCAUAACCCCCGGACCUGGCACAGAGAACCACCCCGCCAUAACCCCCGGACCUGGCACAGAGAACCACCCCGCCAUAACCCCCGGACCUGACACAGAGAACCACCCCGCCAUAACCCCCGACCUGACACAGAGAACCACCCCACCAUAA